AAUUUGUUAUUGCCACUUAAAAACCAUAACCAAGUUCCAAAGUCUCAAAUUCUCAGUUGAGCUUCCAAUUCCAUGGCGUUUUGGCGCCGCAUCCUUUCCAAAACCCAAAACCCAAAACCCUCACCUCACCUCCCAAACCUUAACCACUCUCAGCCCCCACUCCUCCUCCGCCAAACCUCGCCGUUCUCCACCUCCUUCCUCAUCACCAAAACGCCCAAAAAAUUCAGAAAAAAACGCAAGAAGGACGAAAGCCCUCGGACCAAGCUCGUCCAGACCCAACCCAACCUCAUCCCCCACUUCGAACACAUCGUCGAGCGCGACGCCUACUUCCGAUUCCUCACCAAAUCCAAAGACUUCCUCUCCAAGCAGCCCCACGGCGUCCUCCGCCUCGACGACGCCGGCAAGCUCUACCGCGAACUCGGCUUCCCUCGCGGCCGAAAAGUCGCUCGCUCCCUCCAGCGCCACCCCCUCAUCUUCCAGACCUACCGCCACGAUGACAAUAAAAUGUGGAUCGGCUUCACCGACUUCAUGGAAGCUCUGCUCGAAGAGGAGCGAGUCAUAAUCGACUCAAUGGAGUUGGACCGAGUCAACAAGGUUCGUAAAUUGCUCAUGAUGUCCGCCAACAAGCGUAUCCCUCUGAGUAAAAUCUACCAUUGCAGGUCGAUUUUCGGAAUUCCUGAAGAUUUUAGGGACAGGGUUUCGAAAUACCCUAAUUUUUUCAGGAUUGUGGUUGAGGAGGAUGGGAAGAGAAUGCUUGAACUGGUGAAUUGGGAUCCGUUGAUGGCGGUGAGCGCGUUGGAGAGGGAGUUCAUGGUGGAUGAGGAGAGAGUUAAGAGGGCUUUUCGGUUUCCAGUGAAGCAUGGGAAGGAUUUGGGUCUGGAGAUAGAGGAUGAGAGGAAAUUGAACAUGUUGAACUCACUUCCGCUGGUUUCGCCAUAUUCGGAUGGAUCAAGAUUGGACCUUUGGACUCUGGAAGCCGAGAAGUACAGGGUAGGAGUGUUGCAUGAGUUUUUGAGCUUGACAUUGGAGAAGAGGGCUUCCAUACACCAUGUUGUGGAGUUCAAGGAGGAGUUUAGCUUGACUAAGCAUACUUAUCAGAUGCUUUUGAAGCAGCCUAGAACGUUUUAUCUUGCUGGGACGGAGAUGAAUUGGGUCGUUUUUCUGAAUGAUGCUUAUGACCGAGAUGGGGUUCUGAUUGAGAAGGAUCCCCAGGUGGUGUUCAAUGAGAAGUUGUAUAAGCAUGCUGAUAUGAAGGAAAUGGGACAGGGCUGUGUUGAUCAAUGAAAUGAUAAAGAGGUUUAAGAAAAACUUGAGUUCUUUUCUUGAGCUUCAAGGAAAAUUGGGCUACAACGAAAUCGGCAAUGCAUCAUAGAUAGCUUGGCUAGCCUUCCUUGACAGGACUGUAUCUUGUGUUUUGAGGUUUUUGAAGUCAUAAGAGAAAUCAUGUGAUGUAACCUUGGGGCACUAUUUGGAAAUUUGGAUUAUAUCCCCAUUGAUAAUCCAUAUAUUGGUAUCCUUGGCAGAUAGUGUUUUAGCGCAGUGGCGGAAAGCAAUAAUGCCUAUGCAAUCCGGUGUGGGUUUGAUCCCCAACGAUCUCCCUCCCACCUAACAUUUAACAAUUUAACCACUCACACUAUCAUUUGUCAAAAAAAAAAAAAUGUAUAUUGGUAUUCUUGUGAUGAAGCUGUAUGAAAAUUACGCCUCUCAGCUUUGAGUUGCAGCAGGAAUUUUUGUCUUGUUGAUCAACUGGAGCUAGAGUUUAAGUAAUUAAUGUUCAUGCGAAAAGCUCAAUCAGGAAUUAUGUGAACUGUGGCAUUCGGGUACUGCUGCAGAAGAAGGAUUUACUUCAAGAACCGACAUUUAUGCCAUAAUUUCCUUGCUACUAGAUUUCAGGUUUUUGUAUCCCUUCAGAGCUCGAAGAGACACUGGAAACAACAGAGCCAACAGGGACUUGUCAUGGAUGCCAGUCUCAGGUAAUUGGGGUAUUGUUGUGUUUAUGAAUUAUCCGAGUGUCUCCAACUGAUACGUCAAAUAAUUACGUGUUAAUGAAUUGUUUCAAUCGAGUAGUCAAAUCCUACAUGGAUUUCAAAUAAAGAUUUGAAACGUCAGAAGAUUACGCCGAAGAUUUGUUUUGGUUUGCAAGCAUUAUGAUCAUGAUGUUUUCCAGCAAUUCUUUUCCACUUUAAAUUUUGGUUAAAUUAUUUUUCUUUAGUGGGACAUCUCCCAACUGUUAGUCUGAGCUGUCUCUCAUCUAUGUGCCAAGCUUUGUGAAUGUUCUUCAACCAUUAGUCUGAGCUGUCUCUCAAUUAUGGCCUUGUUUGGUUGGUCGGAAUGUAAGAGCGUUCGGAACAACUGAUGAAUAAGAGAUUAGGAAUUUGACACAUUUUCAAUAACAAACCCCUGCUCUGUUUCUCUCUC